AUGCUCUUGGGUCCAUUGAAACUACCGCAGGUUUCCAAUAUACCCUUUCUAAGGGCAGAUAAUAAUGAUACACAAAAUGGGCCCGAAAAAGCUGUGCAAACGUUACAUUUGCCUUACUCUAAUUGCUUGGUCGUGUUGACCACGAAACAAAUCCUGGUAUACAACUACAAGCCAAUGGCCCUGGUGUCGUCAUUUGUACGAAGUAGCCACUCGCUCGAGAAAUACGGUGAGAAUCAAUCAGUUCAUGCGCAUGAGAUAAAUGCAAAGAUGUUUCAAGACCUGACGACAGAAACAGAUCUCAACUACAUGGAUCCAGGUAGGGGGAAGGUUACGUUUUACGUAGUCUCUUCACUGAACUUCGUGUUCGUGUUCGAAAUUAUGCUGAACUCAAAUCCCGUCAGUAUCUAUAAAGAGACCGGAAUUCCCAUUCUGGACAUAAAUAAGGUGGACCAUGAUUUUGGACAGGACCUCAUGAACAACACUGAAGAUGAUGAUACAUUAACAGUCUUUGACAAAAAAGAUUCUCAUAAGGUAAUUCAAAAUGGCUAUGCUGUAGAUAAACAGCAAGGGUUUCUUCAUUUUUUCACGAAAGCCGCUGACACGCUCGAUGAGAUACCGAUUAAAAAAGUGGAAUUGCGUCUCAAAGUAAUGUUCAGCUUCGGACGCCCCAUAGUCGAUCUUGUGGGGUUUUGUGAUACGGAUUCAACGGGCGAAGCUGGGAGGCACGAGUACUUGAUGAUUCUGUUCCCUCACCGCGUACACAUAUUGGUUUUGCAUGAAUUCAAGAUGAAAGACAAUAUUCUGAUCGACGUUCUUGACGGUCGUCGGCUUUUAUAUUGCCAAAAAAGCCCCUGCGUUGUCUCCCAAAAUAGCGAGGGUGAGGUGUUCUUGAAAAAGCUCGACAUUUCACAGAGAGAAGCGUAUCCCAAAAGACUUGAUUACGAUGCCGAUGGGCCCUUAGUUGACGUAUAUGCAAAUGGGAAUGUCCUUUCAUUUGUGCAUGAUCUAUGCCUAGUCCUGUAUGACCUUGAAUCCGAGAAAACUAUCAAACGCGUCCGUUCGCACAUAAAUCUUACAUGUGGUGGCUUGGUUAACGACGAAAUUAGUAUUUUGUUGACCAGAAAUGGAAUGAAACUGCUCACAAGCUCAGGUAAUUGCAUCGUAUCAACGUUUGAUGAAGAUGAAGUCACUGAGGAGGAGAGCGACCUUCCAAGUUUUUCGAGCUUUGCCACUAUCGGAGAUACUAUAGUGGCAAGCGCUCCUGAUGGUAAGCUCGCAAAGUGGGACUUAUGGUCAGAGGUAAUUACACCUUUCAACAACUUCAGAACCUCGAAACCACUUAUUUUACAGAGUGAGAAUAACGACUUGUUGAUUUUUGCACCAACCUCAGAUACGUCAAGUAACGUACCUUUUCAAGUGCUCAAACUCCCUACCCAAACAAUCAAUAAUCACAUCCCUCUGGUAAGGACAAAUGGACCAAUGACUAUGCUCGCAGCGUUUGUUUCCAAUAAAAAUAUCCUGCUAAUACACAACCUCAUAACCAAUGCCUGGCACAGUUUUCCAGAUUUAGCGUUAAUCGAUAUACAGUGGUUGGGUAGCGAAUACUUGUUCUGUCGCUCGCUGGACGAUGACAUGAAGGAACAGCUCCGAUGCUAUCAUUUUCCACUUCAAGGAAGCUUAACAUCCAACUUAUCAGAUCAGCUCAUCUGGAGUUUUGCAGUUUCCUUGAAGACGGAAAUCAAAAGCAUUCAUGCAAACACUUUGUCAAGGUACAAGCUUCUCAGGGUGAAAUCAAAAAGCGCAAAUACCGAGGAACUGGAGAACAUGUUUAAAACCGGCGAAAUACUGAUUCAGGACGCUCAAGGUGACCUUCGCACAAUUGACAUAGUAUCAAAGAUCAGUGCUGAUGAGUCCAUCGGAAUCAAAGUAUUCCACCAGCAUCCUGCUGAAAGAAUCUUUGAUAAUGAAGAGGCCGAAUGCAAAUGGAUUCUGAGCCACAAUGGUGGCUAUUUCGUGCAUCAGCGAAACCAGAUUUUGAAGCGGGAGAGAGUUGACGGAAGAACAUGGAAGGCCUCGGUUGCAUUGGACAACGUGGAACGCAUUUUGGACGUGAUAGAUACUGGAAUCUUCGUGGUUCAAGAAGAUAAGGUUGUGGUGCACAAUUUGGAAGACCUAUGGAAUGAUGAAGAUCCAGUAGCAAUCAUUGAGAUUGCAGGUGGCGACUACCCUGUUGUUGUAUCGCCCGAGGCAGCCAUUGUUCAUAGUGUUCAAUUUGUGCUGUCGAAUGGGUGUUCGAAAAUCGUCCCACGGCAAGCAAUUUAUCUUGACCAAGUUCUUGAGAGUCAAUUGAACGCUGGCAGAAGCUACCAGGAAAUUGACGCUCGCUACCACUCCUUACACCACUACAAGUUCAGCCUGGAAAAAAUUCUGUCUGGCAAAAUUCUCAGUAACGAACCGCUGUCACAUAUUUUAAGUCUGAUCGACCAUUACGACCAGGGGCCCAAACACAGUGGCAGAUUGGAAAUAAUUAGUAAUUGUUUGCGUAAGAUCGAGGUUGAGCAUUGGGACUAUCUGUUCAAAAAAUUGGAUCAAUCGCCCCGGGAUCUGUUGCUACAAUGCAUUGAGCAUGACGAAGCUCGUGUCCUUGGCGUUUUGUUGAUGGUGUUUUUGAACUACGAUGGCAGCAAGCAAGACAAAACAUCCACAGAGCCAAUUGAGAAGAUGAAGAGUGACAACAACGGCAACAACAAAAAGAGCAAGAACAAGAACAAGAACAAGAACAAGAACAAGAAGAACAAGAAGAACCAGAACAAACAGAGUAAAAGCGACAAGAAGGACGAGAACGACAAAGGCAACGAAACCGAAACCGAAAUCUGUCAAACGGAAGCUGGCUCAAUUGCUACAAUUCUCAACGACGAAGAACUCAUGCUACAGGUUCUGCGGAUACUUGUAAACACCGCGUCCUCAACUGACGAGCGCGAGGAAGCCCGUGAGUUCUGGGAUAUGAGUUUCCAACUAGUGCGUUUUAUUCAUGCUCUAGACGAGGAGAAUAAAACUUCCUUAAUUCAGCGUGCUGUUCAAACAUUAAGCUAA